UUAUAUGGAAACAAGAACUCGGACGAAGAGCCAACACUGCAGUUUCAUUUUCACAUGUUAGUGAGAAGACUCUUCCGUCAAAUUUUUGGAGUAUUCUAAUCGAUAUGUCACACACAAUCCUAUUAAUUCAGCCAACUGCGAAGCCUGAAUCAAGAACUUACUCAGAUUAUGAAACAAAGGACGAAUGUAUGGAAGGUGUCUGCAAAAUAUUUGAAGAAUACCUUAAGAAGUCCAACCCAAGCACGCCAUCCAUAACAUACGACAUUAGUCAACUGUUUGACUACAUUGAUAACUUGACUGAUCUGUCUUGCAUGGUGCAAUGCCAAAAGGAGCCAUAUUACGAGCCACACAGCAAAGACUGGAUAAAGGAGAACAUCUACAUUAUGUUGAGAAAGCAAGCUGGGAAAUAGUACAGCAGAUGAGCAGAUAUAUGUACAGUGCACAAGUUGUUGCCUUCACGACAGCAAGCAGAACCCCGCAAAAACUGAUUACAUGUAGUUCUUGAAGACAGAGUUCUUUAAGUUGACUCAUUUUCAAAACAUCUCACAUUCAAAGAUUUUUCUCCCAAGAACAUUUCUCACAACAUAUCCAGCUUGAAUAGUUUACACAAUAAUUUUUUUCAAUUAUUGUUUCCAUUUUGUUAUUCACCUUUUCCCAGCUCAUCCUGUAAUAUUAAAGGUCAUUGUGAUUAAAAUGGGUCAAGUUUUCAAGUUGGCA